AUGACAAGAAGAUUGGAGGAGCUGGAAAUAAAAAAGAUACGCGAGGUACAGGCCAUUGCUGAAGCCCCAAUGCAAGCUAUGCCAUGUUCAAUUUGUCAAUCUUUUGAGCACGUGGUGGCAGAGUGUUUUACAAUUCCGGUUGUGAGAGAGAUGUUCGAAGAUCAAGAAAACGUUAUUGGGCAAUCUAAACCCAAUAACAAUGUUUCCUAUGGUAACACCUACACUGCAAAUUGGAUGAACCAUCCAAAUUUCUCUUGGAAACCAAGGGCACCUCAGUACAUGCAACCCGACCAAGCACCUCCACAAGCAUCAAAUCUGGAACAAGCCAUUGUAAAUCUUAGCAAGAGAGAUAAUCUCCACUACUCAAUCUCUAGGCUUACCAACCUCAACACAGUGCAAAAUAAGGGAAGGUUUCCUUCCCAACCUCAUCAAAAUCCAACAGUUGUCCAUGAAGUGGAGGCUGAAGAAGGAGAAUCUUCGCAGAUGAGGGAAGUAAAAGCAAUGAUCACUCUAAGGAGUGGUAAAGAGGUUGAUCUGCCAAUAACCACGCCAGAGCAAGAAACAGAGAGGGAAGUAGAGGAAGAGAAGAAGGAGGAGUUCAAAGGAAAGAAACCAAGGAACAACACGAAGAAGGAAGACCAUGAUUUUACUGUAAAAGAAGGACCGGAAAGGAACAUUGCCAAAGAAGAUAUGAGGAAGAACCACAUGCCUCCACCUUUUCCCCAAGCUUUACAUGGGAAAAAGGGAAUCAACAACGCAUCAGAAAUUUUUGAAGUGUUGAGGCAAGUGAAAGUUAAUAUCUCGUUGCUAGAUAUGAUUAAACAAGUUUUGACGUAUGCAAAAUUUUUAAAGGACUUAUGCACUAUAAAAAGAGGGUUGAACGUGAGCAAGAAAGCCUUCUUGACUGAGCAAGUAAGUUCCAUUAUACAGUGCAAAUCCCUAGUAAAAUACAAAGAUCCGGGCUGCCCUACUAUCUCGGUGACGAUUGGAGGGGUGCCAUUGGAAAGAGCUUUGUUGGACUUAGGAGCAAGUGUAAACUUGCUACCAUACUCUGUCUACGAGCAAUUGGGGUUGGGAGAGUUGAAACCAACAUCAAUCACUCUAUCUCUAGCAGAUAGAUCUGUGAAAAUUCCAAGAGGUAUAAUUGAAGAUGUCCUAGUCCAAAUUGACAAAUUCUACUACCCAGUAGAUUUUGUUGUCUUGGACACGGAUCCAAAUGCAAAAAGAACCAACUAUGUCCCUAUUAUACUUGGGAGACCAUUCCUAGCUACAUCAAAUGCCAUUAUCAAUUGUAGAAAUGGAAUGAUGCAACUCUCUUUUGGCAAUCUGACAAUGGAACUCAACAUCUUCUACUUAUGCAAGAAACAAUUCCAUCCGGAAGAAGAAGAAGGCCAGAAGAGGUGUGUAUGA